UUUUCAUACCAACUGUAUAAUUUUAUCUUAACCUACCUAGUUGCUCUCGUGUUGUGAUCUAUGUAAGCAGCGAGUCAAGAUCAUAAAAAAAUGGUGCGGAAGACGUUUUGCUCAAUAAAAGUGCUUCUGAUUACGACUUUGGCGUUGCUUGUGGUACUUGUUGGUGUCUUGGUGCUCUCAUUUGUUGGAGUUCCUAAAAUUAUUGACAGUCAAGUGAAAAGUUCAGUCCAGUUAGAGAAAGGAACAGAACAAUGGGACAGAUUCGUGGAACUGCCCUUCCCACUCCAUUUUAAGGUAUGGCUUUUCAAUGUAACGAAUCCUGAAGAAAUCCAGAAAUCGGCCAAGCCUAUUUUGAAUGAAGUUGGACCUUAUUAUUAUGAUGAAACCGUGAUAAAAGAUAUUAUGUUAUAUAACCCCUCUGACGAUACUGUAACUUACAAACGGAAGCUUUCCUUCGCCUUCAACAAAGAGGAAUCAGGUACUCUAACAGAAGAUGACGAAUUGGUCCUCUUGAAUCCUGUCAUGUUGAGCAUGUCGCAAUUGACGACUGUAUUGGAAAGGAUGGCACUGGGAGGAUGUUUGGACAGGAUAUUUCCCGAUCGUUACAACAACCUCUUCAUAAAAGUCAAAGUGGGAAUGAUGCUCUUCGAAGGGUACGAAUUUGCUGUUAAGCAUGAUGACCUGGGGGUGGCAUGUGGCAUCAUAAGAAACAAAGUCAUACAGAAAACUGCGAACAUUAGGAACAUAGAAAAAGUAUACAAAGAUGGGAAAUUAUAUUCGCUGAGGUUCUCUUUCUUCCAUUAUAAAGAAAGUCCCGAUGGUGUAUAUAGCGUGUCAAGAGGCGUCGACGACAUUUCAAUGUUAGGACACAUACGCAGGUGGAAUGAAGCCAUUCAGCUGCCCUUCUGGGGUAGAUCGAUUUCCUUUAAUAACGAUACGUGCAAUACUGUCAGGGGUACAGACUCUACAAUUUAUCCACCUUCUAUAACCGAGAACUCAGAAUUGGACAUAUUCAACACUGAUAUAUGUAGAGUAAUCAAAAUUACGUAUGCUGGUCAGGAUACAUACAAGGGAGUUGAUGGUUUCAUCUUUACGAUUAAUGAGAAUACAUUAAGGAACGAAACGGAAUUUGCUGAGAACGACUGUUUUUGCGUACAGCAAACUUUGAAUGAGCUUGGUGAAUCCAGUUGCUAUUUGGAUGGUCUAAUCGACCUGAAAUCUUGUGUAGGUGCUCCGAUUCUAUUAUCUUUUCCUCAUUUUCUCUAUGCCGAUGAUCAUUAUCGAGAAGCGGUUGAAGGCGUUGACGAGCCUGAUGAAUCCAUCCAUAAACUAUAUUUAUUAGUUGAACCGAACACAGGCACGCCUUUGGAAGGAAAAAAAAGGGCGCAGUUAAAUGCCGUUUUAAGGCCAGCUAAUUUUCUCUCAUUCAGUGAAGACCUUCCACAAGUGGUAAUCCCAAUGUUCUGGGUUGACGAGGGUGUCAGUUUACCACAGAAGUAUGUCGAUGAAUUAAAUGACAUGUACUUCAACAGGCUACAAAUCGCUGCCGGAGUCAAAUAUGGUGUGAUAGCGGUUACACUAGCGGCUGUAGUGACAUCUACUGGAUUUCUCGUUAGGAAAAAAUUUUUCACUGGAUAAUAAUAUACUCUAUUUUUAUUAUUUUUUAAUAAAUAAAUGAAAAUGC